AUGAGCGGGAGGCUGCUGUCGUCGCGCUAUGCGACGCUUGCUCGACAUAGCUCCCCCCUUGGCCUGAGAUCUCCCUAUCACACCGCCCAACAGCGCGCAGGAGGUCUGAUCACUCGAAACAGCAUCCCGAGAAGUCGUCCUCUGUCCUCUGGACCCAACACGGCUGUCGUACGACAUGCUUCAUUCGCUCGCGCAAUACCCAAGCUGGCCUUCAAGCUUAUCCGCCUGCCCGCCAUCCUCGGUGCAACUGCUGUCGGUAGUCUGGCAUAUAUCCAAUAUCAAGCCACUCAGGCUGGUAACUACGCAAUCGACUUGUUCACCAAAGCAUCAGACGCAACCACCACUGGAGCUCGUUCCAUCUUCGAAGGUGCAGGCGGCAUCUUCGCCCAAACAAAGGCUGGCUGGGAGAAGACCAAGAGAGACCUGCAAGAGCUAUUCCCACAACAGGAGUCUUCUGGCCCUGGAGGCGAUGGAGGUCCUGGAGGAAACGGUCCGGAGCCCAGGGAAGCUCGUGUGGGAGCAGGUGCUGCGGGCGCUGCCACGGCCGCUGCUUUCGCUCUGAACGACGAAGAGCAAGACGACAGAUCUGAUGAAGCUGCUGCUCGCGACGACCAGAUGAUGCUCCUCACACGCAAGAUGAUCGAGAUCAGAAGUUUGCUUCAGACAGUCGGCCAGUCAGAGACUCUCACAUUGCCAUCGAUCGUUGUCGUUGGCUCGCAGUCAUCAGGGAAAAGUUCAGUCCUUGAAGCCAUUGUUGGCCACGAAUUCUUGCCUAAAGGCUCCAACAUGGUCACUCGUCGCCCCAUCGAGCUGACGCUGGUAAACACUCCUGGAGCUCACGCCGAGUACGGCGAGUUUCCAGCUCUGGGUCUGGGCAAGGUCACCGACUUUGCUCAGAUCCAGCGCACUCUGACCGACCUCAACCUGGCCGUACCAGAGACCGAGUGCGUGUCCGACGAUCCUAUCCAGCUGCGCAUCUACUCCCCCAAUGUCCCUGACCUUUCUUUGAUUGACUUGCCCGGCUACAUUCAGGUGACUGGUUUCGACCAGCCCACUCAACUUAAGGAGAAGAUUGCUGCCCUUUGCGACAAGUACAUUCAGGCACCUAACGUCAUUUUGGCUAUCUCUGCUGCAGACGUCGAUCUCGCCAACUCAACCGCUCUUCGCGCCAGUCGUCGUGUCGACCCUCGUGGUGAGCGCACCAUCGGUGUCAUCACCAAAAUGGAUCUGGUGGACCCACUGAGAGGCCAUCAAAUGCUAACUGAUAAGAACUACCCUCUCAGACUUGGUUACGUUGGUGUUGUCUGUCGAGUACCUCAGCAUUCAAGCUCUCUCUUCUCUCGUGGCAACGCCAACAUAACAUCUGCCAUUACCCGCAAUGAGAAGGCUUACUUCUCUUCCCACCCAGAGAGCUUUGGCCCUGCCAGUGAAGUGACUGUAGGUACCUCACAUCUUCGCAAGAAGCUCAUGCAUGUCCUGGAAUCCACCAUGUCGGCAUCACUUGCCACUACUGCCGAAGCCAUCCAUCAUGAGCUCACCGAAGCCACUUACGAGUUCAAAGUACAAUACAACGAGCGUCCUCUCUCAGCUGAGUCAUAUUUGGCUGAGAGUCUUGACGCCUUCAAACACUCUUUCAAGGGUUUCUCAGACUCUUUCGGUCGCCAUCAAUUGCGCGAUAUCUUGAAGCACGAACUCGAUCAGCAAGUUCUCAAUCUGCUCGCCUCGCGAUACUGGAACAGACCUCUCGAAGACCUUUCGGCUCAAGAAGGCGAAGGCUUUGUCGAGAGCCUCUCUGCUCUACCAAAAGCGGAUCCUAACGAUCAGCUUUGGCGUCUCAAGCUUGAUGCCAGCUCCGCUUCCCUUACCAAACUUGGUAUUGGACGUCUUGCAACAACUGUCGCUGCUGAGUGCUUGCAAGCACAUGUCGAACGUCUCAUUUCGUCUUCGACCUUCAACGCUCAUCCCUUCGCCCAAACAGCAAUUACUCAAGCUGCGCAGGGAAUCUUACACGAUCUAGCUUACGAUACCAGCGAUGAGCUAGAAAUUUGUGUCAAGCCCUACAAACAUCGCAUCGAUCUUGAAGACUCGGAAUGGAUGCGUGGUCGCGAAAACGUACAAAAAGUCCUCAAGGCCGAACUCAGAGAUUGUGAAGAUGCCGUCAAGGCUGUUGAAGCUGAGAUGGGAGGCAAAAAGCGUUUCAAAGAUGUCGUAACCUUCAUUGACAAGGUCAGAAAGGGAGACAUAAACCUUGAAGGCAAUAGCAGUGGAGGCGCUGGCGGCUUCUCUGCAGCUCUUCUCGCAAAGGGCAGAGAGGCAGUCUUCCUUCGUGAUCGUGCCGACAUCUUGCGCAUGCGUCUGCUCGCAGUCAAGAGCAAGGCUUGCGCCAACAAGAACAACAAAUACAUUUGUCCGGAAAUUUUCCUCGACGCAGUGGCCGAUAAGCUUACCACUACCGCCGAUCUCUUUAUUGAUGCUGAAUUGCUCAGCAAAUUUUAUUAUCAAUUCCCUCGCGCCCUUGACUCAAAAUUCCGCUCCCUUACACCUCAACAACUCGAUCAAUUCGCACGCGAAGAUCCUAAGAUCCGCCGCCAUCUGGACGUGGUUCACAGAAAAGAACUUCUGGAGCAUGUACUCAAGGAAAUGGAGGCACUCAAGGCUCUGGAAGCCAGAGAAAAGAGAGCGGGCAGAGGAGGCAGAGAACCCGUUUCUCGGCUCAGUGAGCGUGAUCGUCUUGGAGAUGACACGAGCGAUAGAAGAAAGAAGGGUUGGGGCUUGUUCUAG